AUGCACAAGGCAGUGGCUUGCUUCAUGACCCAUGGUGGGUGGAGCUCUACACUUGAGACUAUGGCCUCUGGUGUGCCUGUUGUAGUUUACCUAGAGUGGAUUGAUCAGCCCACAAAUGCCAAGCUUUUGGCUGAUGUGUUCACUCGUUGGUUCAUCCAUCUUUCAUCCUCAGUCCAACGUUCGUCUGAGAGAUUUUCGAUAUGCGAGUUCUUCCAUCGUUUCUCUUCAGUUGUUGAAGGGUUUGAGCAUGAGGGAAAAUGUGAUUUUGCAACCUCACCAAAGCAUUUCAGAGUUGCUUGGGCGAAGCUGAUGACUGUGUGCAUUGCAGGACUAAAACAAAAUGGUGCAAUUACAUCCAUUCAACAACACAAAAUGUUGACUGACUUUGAAGGUGCUACAAGAAAAAACGAAGUAGGGUUCUGCAUUUGGACUAGCAAAGAGUUCCACCAGUACCAGGUUGUUGGGAGGAAGCUCCCUACGGCAUCUGAUGAGCACCCCAAGAUUUACCGAAUGAAGCUCUGGGCCACCAAUGAGGUUCGCACCAAGUCCAAGUAUUUCCUGAGGAAGCUGAAGAAGGUCAAGAAGAGCAAUGGCCAAGUGCUUGCCAUUAAUGAGUGUCUAAUGUAG